CCCGCUAGGUGGCGCUUCCUCGAUCACAGCCAACUGUGUUUUCAUGCAGGGACGUACCCACUAUUAAAUGCGUAAGAGACUGUUAUAAAAAUAUUAAAACGUAAAAAUGGGUGAAAGUCCGCAGUCGUCCCCAAUGGAAGAGGACCCCGACCCAACUAACUUGCUUAAAAGUCGGGAAUUUCUAUACAGAUUAAUAAUAAGUCAGUUAUUUUAUGACGGUCACCAAACAAUAGGCACCAACUUGUCGACGGCAAUACAGGCAGAGCCACCCUGCGCCCCCAGUGACCGACUUUUCCACUUAGUUUUAAGAGGGCUGGAGCACGAGCAGGAAAAAAAUGAGAAACCACAAACCACCAUGACGAAGCUGGGUCCGGCCCUUGACCUGGAAUUUGAGUCUGAGUCCGACAUGCCCGCUCCGGAGCCCGCCUUAUACGAAACUGCCUACGUAACGUCUCACAAGGGUAACUGUAGGGCUGGGUGUUUUACUGCUGAUGGACAACUAGUGGCCACAGGAAGUGUGGAUGCCAGUAUUAAGGUUUUGGACGUGGAUAGGAUGGUGGCAAAGUCUUCCACAGACGACAUGGACCCCUCCAGGAUAGAACAACAAGGCCAUCCCGUCAUCAGGACGAUUUAUGACCACAUGGAGGAGGUUACUUGUUUGGAAUUCCACCCUAAGGCCCAAAUUUUGUGUUCCGGCUCCAAAGAUGCCACCAUAAAGUUGUUCGAUAUAUCCAAAGCCAACGUUAAAAAAGCCUUCAAAACCAUAGCGGAAGUGGAGCCGGUACAUGCGUUGUCGUUCCACCCAACAGGAGACCACAUGAUAGUAGCAACAGAACACCCAGUGGUGAGAAUGUACGACGUGAACACGACUCAGUGUUUCGUUUGUCCGUUCCCAAAGCACCAACACACCAAAGCAGUAACUUGCCUUACUUGGUCGUCGAAUGCCCGAGUCUUUGCCACCGCCAGCAAGGACGGUACCAUCAAACUGUGGGACGGAAUCACCAAUCGUUGCAUCAAUACCUUCCCCAAGGCCCACGACGGGCUGGAAGUGUGUUCCGUACAGUUCUCCAAGAACGGGAAGUACAUCCUGUCAGCGGGCAAAAAUUCUAUUUGCAAACUGUGGGAGCUGAACACCAGCAGGUGCCUUAUAGCCUACACGGGGGCUGGCACCACAGGCAAACAAGAAUACGAGGCGCAAGCAGUCUUUAAUCACACAGAAGACUACGUUUUGUUCCCGGACGAAGCUACUACCUCGUUGUGCACGUGGAACUCAAGGAACGCCUCCAGGAAGAAGUUGAUGAGUCUGGGCCACAACGGGGCGGUCAGAUGGAUCGUACAUUCCCCCACCCAGGCGGCAUUUUUGACUUGCUCCGACGACUUCAGGGCCCGAUUUUGGUACAGAAGGGCCCCAACUAUUUAAUAAUUACUAAUAAUAAAUAAAGUUUUUAGCCUUUA